CGAAAUGGAAUAUUUGAGAAUAUAGAAUCUCUGGAGAAUGGUCAGAAAUUCGGUGAUAUCUGUAGAUUACCCUGGAAAAAUCUUUGUAAUUGACAUAUGAAAUAUUUAUAUAAUAUUUUUUUUAUUAUAGUUGUCUGAAACUGCUCAUUGCUAUUAUAAAACUGAAAAGUUCUUACUUGUCCGCAAUAGAAGUAGAGAAAAUGGCGGACAUUUCAUCUUUAGAUUUAACGCGGGUGAAGGAGGACCUAAUAAAUGCUCACAGAGAAUGCUCCAAACGGCGUUUGCUGCACGGAGCGAAAUGGGCAGCAGAACUUUCUAGUGCCCUAAAUGUGACAGUCAGUCCUCAUGCACUCGCAGUUAAAGCUGUAAAUGAGGAUCAGUAUCAGGAUUUUGACAAGGUUACCUUGUCAACAGCAUACUUUGACCUAAAAGAAUAUGAUCGAGCUGCAAAUGUGGUAGAAGGAGCUACAAGUCCUCUAGCCAGCUUUCUGCAUAUGUACUCACGUUAUUUAGCUGACAUCACUCGGCAACUUGACAAUGCUUCUGAUUCAAUUGGCCAUUCUGGACCUGUGGAUAAUGGAUGCCUCAAGACCUUACGCAUGGAGCUAAGUGCUAAACAUGUGAACAAACAACUGGAUGGCUUUGGUUUAUACCUCUAUGGUGUCGUUUUGAAGAAGCUUGAUCUGAGCAAAUCAGCAGUGGAUGUGUUGGUGGAGGCAGUAAAUAGAGAACCUCUUCACUGGGGUGCCUGGCAGGAGCUUGGCCUCCUCAUCACUGACAGGGAGAUGUUGCUGUCUCUGUCACUUCCCAACCUCUGGGUGCGCUCACUCUUCCUAGCACAAGUGUAUCUGGAGCUACAACUUCAUGAGGAGGCACUAGAGAUAUACCAGGCUUUUAUGGAUGCAGGGUUUUCACGCUCAAACUUCAUCAUUGCUCAGAUUGCUAUUGCUCACCAUAACAUGAGAGAUGUAGACCAAGCUGUUGCUGCAUUUUCUGAGCUGGAAAAGAUUGACCCAUACAGGCUUGAAAACAUGGACAUCUAUUCCAAUCUCCUUUAUGUGAAGGAAAUGCGGGCAGAUCUUGCUCACCUUGCUCACCGCUGCUGUAAUAUAAAUAAAUACAGAGUGGAAACAUGCUGUGUUAUUGGUAACUACUAUUCAUUACGUACACAACACGAGAAAGCCAUCAUGUAUUUCCAGAGGGCUCUACGACUUAACCCCCAUUAUCUGUCAGCAUGGACACUCAUGGGUCAUGAAUUUAUGGAGAUGAAGAACACUUCAGCUGCCAUUCAAGCCUAUCGCCAAGCCAUAGAGGUGAACAAACGUGAUUAUAGAGCUUGGUACGGACUUGGACAAACAUAUGAGAUCUUGAAAAUGCCCUUUUACUCCCUGUACUACUACCGACAAGCUCAUCUCCUCAAACCAAAUGACUCACGAAUGUUGAUGGCAUUAGGAGAAUGCUACGAGAAACUUGAUCGUCUUCAGGAAUCCAAAAAAUGCUUCCGCAAAGCACACAGCAUUGGUGAUGUUGAAGGAGGAGCUCUGUUCAAGCUGGCCAAACUGUAUGAGAGGCUCUCUGAAGAGGAACAGGCUGCAUCGGCAUUCACGGAGUACAUAGUAGAAACUGAAAGGAAAGGGACACACAGUCAUGAAGAAAUGAGCCAAGCAUAUCGUUAUCUGGCAAACUACUAUCUGGCUCGCAGGCAGCUUGAUGAUGCAUAUGCCACAGCACAGAAAUGUGCAGAAUUCACAGAGACAAGAGAAGAUGCAAAAGUAUUACUACAGCAGAUACAGGCUCUGCGCAGCCACAGCGAAGGUUUGACUCCAAUCCACUUGGAUGACAGCAUUGAAUCUCUCCCCACUGAUUGCUACCGCCCCAGUGACUCUCACUCCUUUGGUCGUGUGACACCUGUCAAUCUCACAUUUACACCUUGACAGAAGAAUUUUAGAUUGUUAGAUCUUUGACUUACUAUCAGCAUCUCUUGACUGACACGCGUUCUAUUCCGGAUCAGGGGUAAAGACAAUAUUUUGGUGCAGCAGAUGAAUCAGUUGCUAAAAAAUAUACUUUUGGUGAUAUCUUAGCAUGCUGAUUAUAAGAAUUUCAAUGAAAGUCUAUGAAUGGUUGUUACCCAUAUAAUUUACUGUUUUCCAAUAUUUUGUAAUUAACAGUAAACUGUUGUCUGAACAAUGACAGUUUCCAGGGAAUUUAAUAUAAAUCUGCCAGUGUCUAAGCAGUGUUAUGAGACAUGGUCAGGAUUCAAUUGUUGUGUGCGCACUCAUUAGGGAUAUAAGGGUUGUAGCUGGCUGCUUUUCAUUGUGAGAUUAUAAAUCGCUGUAGCAGGCUUUUUUCCCCCUCUGUAUGUGUGUACAUAUGUGCAUAUGUAUGUGUAUUCAGUUGGUUGCUGUUAAGUGGAAUAAUGCAAGGUCUUCAGUCCUCUCAAGCCUGGAUUUUGCCAUGACAAGAUUAAGUUUGGCAUAGAUAUUUUUAUCGAUUUUUUUUUUUUUAAUGUGUAGGAGGAUGAAUGUGUGGUGACCUAAAGUUGCAUGUGUAAAUGUGAUCUCAGAUUUUUUAAUAAAAAAAAUUAAAUAGUUAAGUGAUGCAAGUGUAAUGUGCCACAGAAUGAACUCCAGGCUAAAUCUGAUGCAGUUCAUCAGUUCUACAUUGAGUUAAAAUACUUGAACAAUGAAAUAAAGAAAAAUUUAAGAAAAGAG